AUGUCUCCAAGCCAAGAAGUUUCCUCUGCUGGUGGAGAUGGCAUGGACGUAGACAGUGAGAGUACAUAUAGCUGCCUGAAUGCUUCAAUGGACAAGAAUGGAGUUGAUACUGAUGAUGAACACGAGUUCACUAGCCAGAAUGGUUCCUCUAUUGAGAACAAUGGAUUAAAACAUGAUGUUGAUGGCAGGCAUAAAGAUCAGAGUCCUGAUAUCUGCUCUGUGAACCAGCCGAGAAUCGAUGUCAAUGACAAGCACGUGUUUCAGGCUCUCGAGGCACCAUCCUCGACCUCCUCGGAAUCUGUUCAAGGUAUAAAAGAUGAAGCUUGUGUGUAUCUUGUCCCAAAACUUGGCAUGGAGUUUGAAUCAGAAGACCAUGCCUACAAAUGUUAUAAUAGAUAUGCUCUCAUGGAAGGUUUCAGCAUCCGGAAAGACUUUGUAAAUAGAAGUAAUAUUACGGGGUUGGUGGUAUCAAGAAGGUAUACAUGUUAUAGGCAAGGCUAUGGAUCUGCUAAGCGUGAUUUGAAAUCAAAUAAACCCCGAAAGGAUACAAGAACUGGUUGUCUGGCACAUAUGACCAUUACACGUCAGCCUAAUGGAAAAUAUCGUGUCAUUCAUUUCGAAACAAAACACAAUCACGAGUUUGCAACAUCUGUCACAGCUCAUCUGUUACCAUCACAAAAGAGAAUAUCUUUCGUCGAGGCCAUUGAGGCAGAAUCUGCUGGUAACUCUGCAUCGGAUGGGGUACCGAAGUUGGGUAUGGGGUUUGACUCGGAAGAUCAUGCUUAUGAGUUCUACAAUGCAUAUGCAGGGCGACUAGGUUUUAGUGUUCGUAAGGAUUAUGUCAACAGGAGCAAAGUAGAUGGUGCUGUGGCAUCUAGGAGAUAUACUUGUUUUAGAGAAGGUUUCCGGCAGAAAGACAAAAGGGGUUUGAAGGUGAAGCGACCUCGAAAGGAAACUAGAGUUGGUUGCAUGGCACAAUUAGUUGUUUCUCGUCAAGCUGAUGGUAAGUAUCGUGUCACUCAAUUUGAAGAGCAUCACAAUCACGAGCUGGUACCUUCAUGUAAAGUUCGCAUGCUACGAUCUCAGAAGAGGUUUUCUACAAAUCAAGCCGUUGAAUCCAGUGCAUUGGAGGGCUGUAACUUGCAGCCAAAAUCGCUUGCCGAGUUGUUAUUAAGAGGAGAAGGAGCACAAGGCAAUUUAAGUUAUGAUCCCAUAGAUCGUGAAACUAGGCUCCCGUCAAAACGUUCAAGAAGAAUAAAGCUGGAUGAAGCAGAAAGUAUUCGUCAGUACUUUCAGAAAACAAGCCACCGGUACUGUGUAUGGCAUUCAUACCAGAAUGCACUUGAGCAUUUGAGGGAAGUCGCGGUCAGGUCAGAUUCUUUUGUUAAUGACUUGUGCAGUUGUAUUUUUAAUCAGGAUGAGGAAGAAGAUUUCGUUAAUUCCUGGAAGGUUAUGUUGGACACAUAUGGUCUUUGGGAAAACAAGUGGUUGCAUGAGAAAUUUGAAGAAAGAGAGAAAUGGGCUUUACCGUAUGCUAGGCUCGCUAAAGCAAAAGCUCAAAUCUAUGCCAACAAAACACUACAAUGCUCAACUCAACGUGCACCAGACACAGAGUCGAUGACACUAGGAAGCCAAGUCUGGUGUACACAGAAGCCAACACAAAUUUACUUGCCCAAUUCAACAAAGAUGCUCAGCUCGACUGACCUGACACAAAGCAUAAAUCAUACUCCGAUUGGGUUUAGUUCAUCUAGAAUUCAAGUGAUGCAACAGUAA